GUCACCAGAAGACCUUGUUGCUACUUGUUUGAAGAUGGCGGCCCCCAUAGCUCAGCAGCUGGAGAGCCUAUUAAACCCCAAACCGACCCUUUAUGACCCCGAAGACGAUCAGGAUGAAGCCACUGUUGCUAGAGUAAUUGACACGUUUGAUGAAGGUGAACCUGAAGAUGAGCAUGUAGUGACUGGGAAUCUUAGGAAAAGGACUUCAGUGUAUCUGUCUGAUACAGAUAAACGUUACUCAGGAAAAGCUACAUCUCGAAAGAUCUUGAAAGCAGAAUUGGGAGAGACUUCUUUCUCUGAAGAUUCUGCAUCACAAGAUGAUGAUGAUGAUGAUGAUGAUGAUGAUGAUGAGGCUGGGUACAUUGAUGAACGACAAAGGAGUGAUGAUUAUGAUGACGACGAUGAGAUGAUGAAGGAAGUAACAGAAGAUGAAGCAGGUGAUGACAGUGAAGUGGAAGAAAGUGAUGAUCACGGUGAACAAAGUGAUGAUGAUGAAGAGGAGUUUAAUGAAAAAUUACAAAAACAUGACUUUGAAGAAGAUGAUGGUGUAUUGACUAUUCCUAAAGGAAAGCUCUCCAAGGAUGUUGAAAAGGGGCGGUCUAUACGUAACCAAAUAGCUUUAUGGGACCAACUUUUGGAAGGGCGGAUAAAAAUACAGAAAGCACUUCUGUUGGCUAAUCAACUUCCGCAGCCAGACACAUUUGCAAUGUUUAAAAAGGAAGGGGGCUCUGAAUUCUCAACCUCACUAAAGAAUAAUUAUAAAGCACUGAAAGAGUUAAUGCGUUCUUUGGUACAACUGCAAGACGAACUGCUCUAUCAGUUUCCGGAAACACGAUAUCUUAUAGAUGGCAAGAAAUGUAAAGCAGACAGUGACGAAGAAAUCCCUAGUGACGAAGAUGAGGCAGAUUCAGAAAAAACAGAAAGAAAAGGUCCCCCUAAACGAAAGUUGGAGGUUGAUGAAUAUCCAGACUUUAUGGCUAAACGCUUUGCAGACUUCCGAGGGUAUCGCGAUAGCACAUUGCAGAAGUGGCAUGAUAAGACAAAGCUGUCAGGGAAAAUAGGCAAGGGUUUUGGAGCUUUUGAGAGAUCAAUACUGACGCAGAUCGAACAGAUUAUGAUGGAUAAAGAAAGGCUACUUAGACGCACACAGACAAAACGUACGCUUUAUAAGGUCUUGGGAAAGCCUCAACUUGAUUCUAUGCCAGAGUCUGUUCCUGGAGAAACAAUGGAAAUUAAAGAAGAAGGCAAAUCAAAUGCUCACCUUAAAGAUUUGGAUGAAAACAUUUUUGAUGAUGAUGACUUCUAUCACCAGCUGCUCCGUGAAUUGAUAGAAAGAAAAACCAGCUCCAUGGAUCCCAAUGAUCAAGUGGCAAUGGGAAGACAGUGGUUGACAAUCCAGAAACUGAGAAGUAAAAUUAAGAAAAAGGUGGACACUAAAGCGAGCAAAGGCAGAAAAGUGAGGUACCAUGUUCACAGCAAGUUGGUAAGCUUCAUGGCUCCUAUUGACCACAGCACAAUGAAUGAUGAUGCCAGAACGGAGCUUUACCAGUCAUUAUUUGGAAAAAUCAAAUACCUGCAAGAGGACAAACAAAUGUAACACAAAUCAAAAUGACUCCUUUUUUUGAUCUUUGUCUUUUUUGACUUGCGAGAGGAGAAGUGAACUGCAUUUUCAGCUGGCUUUGCAGAAUUCUUUUCUUGCGAAGUGCCUGGAUUUUAGGAAGUUUCUGUAUAUAUGUAUACAUCAUGAUAUGGCAUUGUUACCAAAUCAACAACUAUGCUAAAUGAGUUUUUGAUUUAAAAAAGAAACA